CGAUUGGCUUAUUCAGUUUGAAAGUGUCCCACACUUCAGUCUACUGCAGUCAGGAGAUAAUCAUGGCGGCGAUGGACGUAGAACUUCCGAAAGCCGAAACCAACUUGAGGACGCUAAAGCUAUCAGGGCACGUAGGAUUCGACAGCCUACCCGACCAGCUAGUCAACAAGAGCGUGCAGAAUGGAUUUGUCUUCAACAUUUUAUGCAUUGGUGAAACGGGCCUCGGCAAGUCGACCCUGAUGGACUCUUUAUUCAACACCAACUUUGAGUCCUGCCCAAGUCCGCAUCACCUACCCACUGUCAAGUUGAAGGCACACACAUAUGAGCUACAAGAAAGUAACGUUAGACUCAAGCUCACAAUAUGCGACACGGUGGGCUACGGCGACCAAGUGAACAAAGAGGACAGCUUCAAGGCGGUGGUGGACUACAUCGACGCGCAGUUCGAGGCCUACCUCCAGGAGGAGCUCAAGAUCAAGCGCUCGCUCGGCGCUUACCACGACAGUCGGCUGCACGUCUGUCUGUAUUUCAUCUGCCCCACUGGCCAUGGUUUAAAGUCGAUUGACCUGGUGUGCAUGAAGAAGCUGGACACGAAGGUGAACAUUAUCCCGAUCAUCGCUAAGGCGGACACCAUCUCAAAGACAGAGCUGCAGAAGUUUAAAUCGAAAAUAAUGCUGGAGCUGCAGUCGAACGGCGUGGAGAUCUACCAGUUCCCGGUGGACGACGAGUCGGUGGCGGAGGUGAACGCCGGCAUGAACUCGCACAUCCCCUUCGCCGUGGUGGGCUCCACGGACCUCGUGAAGAUCGGCAACAAGACCGUGCGCGCGCGGCAGUACCCCUGGGGCACGGUGCAAGUGGAGAACGAGGCGCACUGCGACUUCGUGAAGCUGCGCGAGAUGCUCAUCCGCACCAACAUGGAGGACAUGCGCGAGAAGACGCACGCGCGCCACUACGAGCUGUACCGGCGCCGGCGCCUGCAGCAGAUGGGCUUCACCGACGUGGACGCCGACAACAAGCCGGUCUCGUUCCAGCAGACGUUCGAGCAGAAGCGCAGCGCGCACCUGGCCGAGCUGCAGCAGAAGGAGGACGAGAUGCGCCAGAUCUUCGUGCAGCGCGUCAAGGAGAAGGAGGCCGAGCUCAAGGAAGCCGAGAAAGAGCUGCACGCGAAGUUCGACAAGCUGAAGAAGGACCACACGGAGGAGAAGAAGCGCCUCGAGGAGCUGCGCAAGAAGAUCGAGGACGACACCAUCGAGCUGAACCGCCGCAAGCAGCAGGCGUCGCAGGCGCACCACACGCUCACGCUGGGCAAGAGCAAGAAGAAGUAACGCGGCCGCAACUGGAAGAAGAUACGUUUCAUGCGGUUGUGUGGAUUCCGAGACCGCCUAAUUCAAAAUCCCUCUUUAAUGCUGUGUAGAGCAGAUUGUGUCGACACGAAGCGAACUGAAAAUGUCACUUUAUUGUUUAAUUACAACGCGUCAAACUCGCGGAAACUAGAUUUCUGUCAUAUGUCAGUCGACGACGUAUUCAUCCAGCGUUGUGAACGGCCGAUUUGUAAUUCGCGCGCUCUCUCAACUUCUACGAACCGCAUCCGUACCGGAAGCGAGUUGAGAGUGACUUUCGUAUCUGAUACUAACGAAAUGAAGUCUACGACGCGUAUCUUUCUUUCGUCGCGUUAAUAUUUAAGGCAUUCCUAGAUAUUACACGAGUUUGUCUACAAAAUCGUAUCAAUCGUAAUCAUAUUCACUUUAAUCGAAAUCGUACAGGUUUUAAUCGCAAAUCGUUUUAAAAUAUUUGUACGGUGAACUUUAAUGUUGAUUUUAAUACGUCGGUCAAAUCCCGAGCAACCAGACGCAUUCGUUUGGUCGUAAACUAUACUUACCAAAUGUAUUAAGUAAUCGAUUAUUAUUUAUUAUACAUCAUUAUUCGUAUUAUUUAUUAGGUUUUUAAGGACGGAUACUCAAAAUGGAACUAAAAGUUUUGUGCUUAAUGUGUGUUUUGUAGACGCGGUGACAACCAUCUCAUCACUGUAAUAUCACUACUUCUAUAGACAUAUCUUGUCUGUAGUAAAAAAAGUUUUAAAUGUAUUACAUGAUAAGUGGAUAGUAUUCUGUGAGAGAUACUAGAUACUUUUACUUGCGUAGUCGUCGUAUGCUGAUAUUUAAUUUUUUAUUAUGAUUUUAUUAAUGUCUUUUCCUUAUUCAUAGUAUUAUUUCCUUGUUGGUAAAAGUACUAAUUACUCUAAAAUUGCAAUAAAUUUUUGUCAUGUGACGUAAACGCACGAUAAAACAUUAACUGUCACUGCCUCUAUAAAACUGCAAUGCUGCAAAAAAAAACUGCAAAAAAUUAAAUUACACAUCUAUAUCUAUAAAUGAAACAUGUAGUUGUGUUUGUAUAUUUAUUCCGACGCGUCGCCUUCGCCUUCGUCGGCGCCUCCGGGUAUCUACACUUACUGACUAGAACACUUUGUUACUGUUCGACUUUCAGCAGAGUGACCCACCUUUGACCGCCCGCAAGCUGCGACAGUUACAUCUAAUAACAGCUUUAGGCUCAGUAUCAACCACUAUCUCUUUUACAAAAAGUGGAAACCUCUAUUGUUCCAAAUACAAACUGACAAAUUUUACCCGCAACAUACAAUUGCGGAAUUAUAAUACUAUUUUUUUUACUGAUGACAACAACAUUGACGGCAAAAGUCAAUACUAGCGCUACCAUUUCAGGGCUCGAAAUGCAAUUCUUGUUAAUACUAUACAUACCGGCACAUUUAGCAAAACACUAGUUGAAGCCCAAGCUGGUCGGAUCGUCCCACUAGGGGUGUGAAUUCGUGGGAUCAUGAGAAAACGGUCUGUCUUACUUUUUAUUUGGGCUUAAAAAAAGUUUGUAAUUUUUUUUCAUUAAUUUAUUUUAAUUUCCUUACUUUACCUUUUAUACAGGUUUGUCGAGUAGUUCGAGGUUCACUUUGCGUUCUUAUAAAUUUCGUAAACAUUAGUUUAGAAAAAGUUUUUUCAUAAAAUUACUAUAAUGUUUAUUUAAAUAUACAUGUUACUUACUAUUUUACAAUCUCGCCAUAUUUUUGUUCCGCUAAACGGACGCCGGUGUGUGCAGGAAAGUGUUGUUUCAUCGCGUUGCUCUCUAUUCGAUAUCGCGAAUGUCGCCGAUGAGAGAGCUUUAUUGAACCUUGCACGGUUUGCAUUUAUCCAUUCAUUCCUUGUGUGCAUUUUAUAAAUAAGAUUUUAUACUUAAUUUUCUAAUUACUUUGUGUUACCUAUC